UGUCGGUUGUGCUUCGUUUCAAUCGCAGCAUCUAUUUCAGCUCGUGGAUAGCUUCGUUGGCGAGUUCGUCGUGUUCGCGGUCGCGUAUCCACAUCUGGCUAGACGUUCGCGUUGCAACGCUCUUUUUUGGUUGGCCAUUGUUCGUGGGAUAACGUUCGAAGACGCGACGAUGAAGCAGAGCUGAGAGUACGGUGUUCGUAUCGUGCAUGAGAGAUGAGUAGCUCUAGACUUGGCAGGGGCCGGGGUGGCCGCCUGGCCGUGUACGGGGGUUGCGGGGUGGUGGUUCUUCUCUUGGUGUUCCUCUACCGCGCCGCCACCUCAGAGAUGGCCAGGCUUAGAGAACUUAAUGUUCAAUGUGCUCAUCAACAGGAGGCUCUUGCAGCUCAACUUCAAGUGAUAUUUGAGUACAAAGUAAGACUAGAAAAAUCCUUGUCUGAAGAGAAGAGCUCAAAUGCAGCAGUGAAACAAGAACUUCAGCAGCGUGCCUCUAGAGAAAAGACCCUCAGGGAUAAGGACAGCAUAGAAGCAAUGCAAAGAUUUAAUUCUCUACAACAAACUUGCAAACUACUGCAGAUAGAGCACCAGGAUUUGCAAGAAGAAUGCAAGAAACGUGAUCAGCAAGCCUUAGAGGAUACUAAUAAAUUAGAAACCACGCUGAGAGAACUUCGCAGUCGUAUCAGGCAAGCAAGGGAAGAUAAGAAGAAGACCUUGGAAGAUCUGAAGAACAAGUUCUUGGAGCUAGAUACAAAGAAGAAUGAACUGGAACAGAAGUACAAUAGUAUGUUGAAGAAUAAUAGCAUUGAGUAUCUUAAGACAGAAGUGAUUCAUUUAAAACAAGAGCUAGAGAAAGCCAAGAAAUCUUUACGUAAAGCUACUUCUCCUGGGCCAAGUGUAGUGAAUCCACAAGCAGCACCACAGACAAAAUCCGCAGAUCUAGGAAGCGCGGCGCAGCCUGUUGAUCAGUCACAGCAGCAACAGGUAAGUCCACCAACAGCUGACGAUAAAAAUCCGCAGCCCUUGUAUGCGCCUGUCACUCAGGACAUGAUUGAGGAUCCUUUGCAAUCGAACGAGCAACGGGCGAACGAGGUGAACAACUUUCAAUUCGCCCUGAAGAAUGGCAACAUCGUCCCAGUGGGCCCGAACGAGAUAAAGAAGGCAGAAGUAUUACCACUGCCCUACGAUUUAGAAGAAAGACGUCAGAAGAAGGCGGACGAUCAAUCUGUAAUCGAUGAUGUUCAGAUUGAGAAUAAUAAUGUGAUUGAAAGAGACGAAAAUCGCGAUGACGAGAAACUGAGACAAGUGCUUCCACCGCCAAAACAGAAUUAUGAGAAAUACAAUGACAAUAAGUCCUCCACUAAUUUACCAGGAAAUGCUAUAGGUCUCGAAAUUGGCAAGAAUCUAGAUGACAAAAAGUAUACCACAGAUUCACCAGAAACUAGAGUGUCAUGGCUGAAGCAGAAUAAAAAACCGGAGAUCAAUCUUGAGAGCACAGUGGCGACCAGCUCUAUGAAAUCGAUUCCAGCUUUGAAGCUGGAGACUUCAACGCCAGCAAGCAGCGGCAAUCCAGCAUCCAUGGCCAUGGACAAGGGAUUCCCGAUCGGGAAACCCGCCCCGAAGGCUAAGCUUCCCGUUGGCGUACCACCUAUUCCAAUAAUGAUUGAUCAGAAGGUAGAAAAUCACGAGGAGAAGCAAGACGAGAUAGCCAGGAAGAGGGAAGAACCGAAACAGAAAAACAACGGCGACAGCAAGGAGCAAGAAGCUGAAAAUGGCAACUUGGACCCUCCAUUUCCGGCCAAUCCAGCCAGAAGAGCGGAUGAUCAAGUUGCAGACAGAAGAGGAAACGGUUGGUUCAACGUUGGUCCUGGUGUACAAGAAAUUGGGGACGAAUUGAAUCACAUUCGCCUUGCUGGUUUGGACGUUGGUGCUGAACGAAUUGCUGAUGCCGGUGAUGAUCAGUAUGAGGGUGUUGAGUAUGACAAAGAACCCCAGCAGAAGGACAGUGAUUUACGACUAGUAGAAGGUGAAGACGAAGGCGAAGACGAAGAUGAUCAGAUAGACUAUCCUCACAACUUAAAGCAAGAAAAAAGGGAGUGAAGAAUUAUUUUUUAGGAAAAAUAGUCUAAAUUGAUAGGUUUGAAAUAUUUGGAUGAACAAUUG